GGGCCCGGUUAGAACGCACGCAGCAUUUAUACGUUUUCAUUUCUAAACAUUUCCAUUAAAAACAAAGGCAAAAAGUGUAAUUGUGCAAUCGUUCCUGACAAGUGUUUUGUUAUUUGGUAUUAUUUAGUGAAAAAACAAUACCUGAUCAGCCGGAGCUAGAACGCACGACCUUGGAGAGAAACAGAAUAAGACUUGUUGCAUACAGCGGUCCAAUAUCAAUAACAUAUGUUAUCUGUGGUCAGAUUCAUUUGCAUCAGAGAAUCGCUCAGUCGGACCUCGCAUUCGUGGCGUGCGGACGUCUUGUGAAUAUUUAAAGUGAAGUGAAGUGCUGGGUAAAAUGGACGGGCCUUUAGUGACGAGCUAUAGCGAGGAUUUUAGUGGUAAAGGGAAGAAUUCAAGAAUGUCUACCCUGCUCUUCUGGCAGGGCAAAGGCAAGGCGAACGGUGCCCCCAAUGGCAGGAACUGGAUACACGCACCAGACGCAUUGGUGAAGGGGCAUGUGGCGUAUUUGGUUAAGUUCCUCGGGUGCACACAUGUGGAUCAGCCGAAAGGGAUUGAAGUGGUCAAGGACGCCAUCAAGAAGCUGCAAUUCACGCAGCAACUAAAGAAGUCUGAGACAAAAGAUGCUGCCAAAUGCAAGAAGGUGGAGAUCACCGUGUCUGUGGAUGGAGUGGCUGUACAGGAGCCAAGAACGAACAAUGUGAUGUAUCAAUUUCCACUUCAUAGAAUCUCCUACUGCGCUGAUGAUAAAGGGGCAAAGAAGUAUUUCUCUUUUAUUGCUAAAGGUGGCAGCACAGUCAACGGUGUAAAUGGACACGAUACAAAUAUGGAGAAACACGAAUGCUUUGUGUUCAUUUCGACGAAAUUAGCUUCGGAGAUCACUCUAACUAUUGGACAGGCGUUUGAUCUAGCUUAUAGGCGCUUCUUGAAUGACAACGGGAAGUAUAUAGAAUUGCAGAAGUUGACGCUCCAAAACAAAAAGCUGGAAUUGCAGAUUACAGCAUAUAAGAACCGAUUACAGGAGCUGUCAAAAAUAACAUACAAGGACGACUUGUCCGCGUACCUCACUCGCAACAAAAUCUCGGACAUAGUCGAAUUCAAAACGCCCCUGGAGUUGGAGAAGCAGAUCUCGUCUCUGAGUAUUGCGAAUGGUUUUGGGUGUAAUGGGAAGGUGACUGAGUUUGGCGCAGAUGCUCUGUCAAACAACUCGACAGACACCAACAAUUCGAAUGACAACAAUUUGUUGUUGUCGACUCCGCCACCAGUUCACAACAAUAAGACUGGUAUGCUCCUGGGUGACUUGUCUCCAAGCAAGACUCCAUCGGUAGGAACCAAACUGGAAGGUCUCCUCAUGAACUCGGACUCUGAUAGUGAAUUUGAUCCUCGUGCCUUCGAAUCCGAGCCUGUGUCGCGCUUCAACUCGACCAUAGAGAGUCCAACACCAAUUCUCGCCCCACCGCCAAAAACUCCGAAACGCCAAAACCAAAACGGGAAUGACCCGUUCGGCUCGACGCCGUUCACGGUCCCGGCUCAGUCGUUCGCUCCCAGGCCGAAUUAUGACAUUGACUUGAACCUUCAAACGUCAGUGUUCACGUCCACCAAUCUGACAGGCUACGACCCGUUUGACACGCAGAAGGCUGGCAUUUUCGGUUAUGGCAACAACUUUAAUGGAUUCGCCAAUUUGAGCGAGAAGCGGGAAUUGGAUAGAGGAUUUGACGGGUUUCUGGACAAGACCAUUACGGAAAUGAAGGACGGCUUCAGCAGAGGGAUCAGCUUUGGAAACGACGAUUUUUCAAUAGACAACCUCGAUCCUCUGAAGAAAAAUUAACUACGAAUGAUACAAAUUAGUUAUAUUUAAGACAAUAUAUAAUAUUUGAAAGCCUAUGUAUUAUAAGAUGUGACUCGGGGGUUAAUACUAACCUUUAUGGUUUUGCUAAAAUAAUUAAAUAUAGUCGAAAAAGCAGGGCAUUGAACGGAGACAAAGUUUAUUAAACAUUUAUAUCUUUUUUCGAAAAGACGGUCUUUUACACUCUUACUUGGCUUGGGAAAAUGGUCACGUGAUAAAGCUAAUGUUAUCUCCAUAAAAAUUGGUCACGCCUGUCGAAUAUCUUUGUCUUGGCCCCAAUUAGGAAGUCUCAAGGCUAACUCUCAAUUAUAAAAAAUAUUUGCGUAUAAAAUCGUGUAAUUAAAAAGGUUUUUUUCAUAAUAUUUUAGGCACUUUGAAGAUAUUUUUUUAUAAGAGCUGAUAGCACAUCGCCAUCUCGUCUUGAUUUUGAGAUGUCUUGAUUCAUACCGAAUGCAAUUUCGAGUGACAUAUUAAAAUACAAUGUUGCCAUGUUUGGUUACAAAUUCUCCGUGAUAAUAGAUUAAAUUGUCUUUGAUUUGUUCUUUAUUUAUGCACUAUUCAGUGCCUGAGACCACAGUUUGUGUAUCCGAUCUUAUGAAGUAUUAUCUGUAGAACUGUGGUCUUAUAGUUUUAAGAAUGUAUUUUCAUAGGUUAAUUAUGUUUAGGGACCAAAAAUAGUUUAUGGCGUCGGUUGUACACUUUUUUUCAUAAUGUUUGCUUAAUUACAAAUUUGAUGAACAAUUUUUGACCAAUAAUAUCGUAUAAAUUGUGGUACGCAAUGCAGUAGCGUCGCAAUCCGCCAUUUUGAUCAUUUGUCGCCAAACUUUAUGACAAUUGUCAAUCCUGACGUUAAGAAAUUUUAGAAAUACGUUAGUAUUAGCUUAUAGAUAAAUUAUAUAUGUAUAUACCCUAACAAAGCAAUUUAAAAUUAUUCCGUUAUGCCUGAGGUGCAUUGUGUAAUUUAUAAUUGGAGUUUAUGUCCAGAAAUGUAUUUUGAACUUGUAUGAUUUGGUAAUUUAAAUUAAGCAAUAAUUAUGAGAAUUAGCUAGUGUACAGAGUGGACUUUUUAAUAAUAUUUUAACUUUUGACUAUAGAUUAUACAAAUCUUUUAACUUUGGUAUUAGAAACUCCACUCAACCUAAAAAGAUUAAUUAAAGUUCGUCGUAUUCUGUGAUAAUUCUUUCGCAAUUUAAGGUCUAAAAUUGUUUUUGAAUUUUUAUUUUGUUCCAGAAUGUUUUAUGGUUCACUUUCCUUUAUGAAAUCAAAUAUAUAUUGUAUUUUUAUAUAUGCUAUGACUACUAUUUCAUAUCGAAAAUAUAUGUAGUAUGAUUGUUUAACAUUAUGUAAAAUUAACUUAAAAUUGAAAUAUAAGUGACAUUUCCUUACCAUAAACAUCAAUAGAUUUUGGAAAAAACAUUUUCAUUAUGAUUUUACAAAUAUAGUCUAUAGUAACGUCAAAACCGUCAACGUCAGUAUCUAUUCAGUUGAAUAGAUUGAAUAGAUAGUUAUCUAUUUACUCUGUGGGUUAAAUUACACUUUUCAUUAAAAUACAUUUUUAAUUUCGCCCUUUCAAGUAAGCCUUUAGAAUAUUCGGAAAGAGGACGGUCGUGGUAUUUAAUGUGCUCGUUGUUGACAACACUUACGUCAUAGUUUGAGAUAUAUUGAAAAAAAAUUAAAGUAUAAUUGUGAAUAAAUAAAUGAAGAGCAAAUAAGAUUAUGUUAGUUCACAUUACUGCCAUUGAGGUCCUCUUUCUGCACAGACUAUAGCAGCGUAUAAGGAAGCUACUGUCAAUUGUCACCUUGACUAUUAAAUAAAGCGGAAAAUGUCU